AUGGGCCCCUGUACCGCCUCCUCAUGCUGCUGCCAGGCCCGUAAUCUGCCAUGGGCCCCCGUACCGCCUCCUCAUGCUGCUGCCAGGCUCGUAAUCUGUCAUGGCCCUGUACCGCCUCCUCAUGCUGCUGCAGGUCCAGAGUGUGUCUGGGUCCCUGUACGGCCUCCCAUUGCUGCUGUCUCCAUCGCCACACUCUGCCACAGGUCUCCUGCUGGGUUCCAUUUUGUAUAGGGUGCUGUAUGGCCUCCCAUUGUGCUGCUGCCUCCACGCCACACACUCUGGUUUUGGCCCCGUGACUGCCCCAAAUGAGUGAAGUGUGCGGUGAUUCUAAGAUCGACGUCACUCAUCAGCAUGUCAUACUGACUACAGUAUUAUUUCUGCAGACUCCAAGGGCAUUUAAAUUAAAGGUACAGUGUUCUGCACUAAUAUAA